ACGCGUGACCGCUCCAGUCCUUCGCUCCGCACCGCGCCGCGUGCGCCACAUCGAGCGGAGUCUGCAGGACGAAGAGCCCCGUGAACGCGCUGCCUCCGAGUCGUGCGCACGCCGCGGGAGCGCGCCCGCAAAUUGACAGCCGAGCCGGUUUUUACCGACCCCCCCCGCGGGACCCGGUCUGUCCCGAGCGGCGAUCUGCACAAUGACCGUGUCAGCUUUUACCAUGAUCGUACUGUUUGUCCUCGGUGCAGUGGGGUCUGUGCCAGUGAAGGAUGCAAAGGAGACCGAUUGUGCCUCGGACGUGCGCAAUGAGCUGUCCAGCACCUGUAAACUGCAGCCAGGUGACGCACUGGGAGCUGCAGAGAUACACCAGGGGCUGCUGAGAGAGCUGCAGGAGCUUGCAGACAAAGAAAAGGAAAAGCAGAAGCAAUAUGAGAAGGAGAAGCAGGAGUAUGAGAAACACAUGAUGGAUGAAGAGAGCAAAGGGGCAGAGGAAGAUAGGGAGCAUGAUCAGACUUUGUAUAUCAAGGCUGAGGUGACAGAUGAGGAAAAGGAAAAGGAGGGCAAGGACGAGAAGAUGAAGGAGAAGGAGAAGGAGGUGGAAGUGAAGGACGGGUCAGGCGUAGAGGUGAGGAAGAGGGGGGAUGAGGAAGAGAGGGAACGGGAGCUAAAAGAGCUUCUCAAGGAGGAAGAGGAGAAAAAGAGAGAAGAUGAGAAGCGAAGUGAAGAGUGGGAAGAGUCAGAGGAAGACAGGAAAAGGAAAAGACAUGAGCCUGAAAAGGAGAGCGAGAUGGAGGAGAUCCUGAGGGAGGAAGAGAAGAGAGGGAAUAAGAAAAAGAGUGUCAGAGAGCGAGAGAAGCUGCUGGAUGAGUUAGAGAAGAUGAGGAGUGAGGAGGAAAAAAAGAGGACGAAGGAGAAAGGAAAGGAAGAGGAGCUUGAGGAGUUGCUGAGGAAAGUGAAGCACAUUAAAGAGGAAGAGGAGAGAGAGCUGGAGGAGAGGGAGAAAGAACACAUCAAGGAGAAGGAGAGGGAAAUUGAGGAGCUGGAAAAGAAGCGUGAACGGGAAAGGGAACGGGAAAGGGAAAGAGAAAGGGAACGGGAAGGGGAAAGGAUGAAAGAGCUUGAGCGAGAAAGGGACAGAGAGAGAGAGAUGGAGGAGAGAGACCCGCAGCAGAAGAGAGUGAUGGAGAAAGCAAGUGAUGAAGCAACAUGGCAGUUUGGGAGGGAGAGGUACAUGAGUCACAGAGCAGAGGAAGAUAAGAAAAGACAACAUGAGGAGGAAGAAGAGGAAGAACAUGAGAAAGACCACGGGGAGGAUCUUUUGGAGAUCGAGGCGGAGCUGCGCAGAGUAGCCGCGGAGCUGCGGGAGUUACGCAGGGGCUGAGCCUCCUCGGCUCGACUCCAGCUGCUGCGCACGGGGAUGUAAGACGAUGGAAGGUGGAGCCUCCGCCGCUAUAUAGUUCAACUGCCUACACGAAUGAACACACACGCACACACAUAUUCUUUCCGUCAGAAACAGAUAUACUAAUGAGGCCACGUAUUUAAUGCAUGCUGUUGAUAAGUUGUUUCUCUUUGGUAUCAACAAAGAUUAUAUAGUAAUCAAGAUGUUUCUCUUCCAUUCUGUCCCAUCCUAGGAGUUGGGUUAAAGUAAUAACAGCAAAACGUGAUUAUUUUGCAUAUAUCCUGAUUUCUUAGUCCUUUUAACAUGAAAUUACACACAUAGUCUAUUCCGCAUACUGUCUGAAAAAAUGGUGACUGCGACAUGAAUCAUCACUUCACUCAUUUUGGUCAGCAAUUUGAGAAGCACAGCUUCCGAUGCAGGUCUUUAGGCAGAGAAAGGGAAUAAUCGAAAUCAAAACGCCUGUUACUUUUUCCUCUGUGAUUGUAAAUGCAUAUCUAUAUAUCUUUUUAAACUAUGUGUAACGAAGGUUCACAGAAAAAAAAAAAUCGUUCUCCUUGCAAUAUACUUGUGACUCAAUAUAAUUGUGACUGUUAUUAUAAUGACUGUUAUUGUAUUGUGUGCAGAAACAGAAUAGAAUAGCAUGUGGAUUGUCUUUGGCUCAAGCACUGUUACUGAGACUGUUACUAAGAACAGGGAAUGUACCUGGGAACAGGUGAGCAGGGGAAUACGUUGCCAGAACGGCCUCACCGAGCGCGGCGUUUACACUACGGUCGCUGGCAUUUGAAUCAAAUGUACUGUCAAAGAGUUACGCUGAGAUUGCUGUUAAAUUCCCUGGGAAGUCGUCAUUUAUUUCUCAGCUUUGCACUGUUUGAUUUCUACUACCAGCAACACAUGCCAAGGCCCAAGGGCGCAACAGGAAAAAACACAGCCAUUGGUUUCUAUUUUCUCUCUAGAAUUGACAUUUUCGCAUCGUCGUGAGAAGGGAGGACGUGUUUUCUAAUAAUUAUUCAGCUUCGGUGAAUUUGAUUUCUGUUUACGACAGUGCUUUAGUGAAGGGAUGCAAUAGGAUACUGAACGCGCGUGCGGUACGACUUGUAAAUUGGGCGACCAUUUUGGAGCGAGAAAUAGCGACGCUGCGAAACAGCGCCCCCUGUGGACAGUUUGGAUACGGCCACAUCUUGCCAUUCCCCGUGUUCAAAUAUACACGGUCCAUUAUAAAUAUAUUUUACUAUAUUUCUGUUUUGGUUAAAUCACUAAAAUACAAUGCCUAGAGUAUAAUAUGUAAUAAUGCUAUAUUUAGACAAGAAAAUAAAAAAACGCGGUAUGUUUAUACGUUAUAUAUAUUUAUGGAUAUACAGUGGUUCCAGGUUUCACAAUACAAUCUUUCUCUCUAACCUGGUCUCACCUUCACAUUUCUGAGCACUUGCUAUAUUAAAAAAUACAAAUGUAUGAGGUCUUAUUAGAAUAUGAAUAUUUCAACCAGUUGAAUAUUUCAGCUGAGGGGUGUAUGGUCAAAGCCAGAUGUUCAAGGAGCAUUAGUGAGGUGUGACAGUGAAAAGCGGGAGUUGACCAUUGCACUGGCUGGAAAUGAAAUUCUGUUUUUGUGCCUGCUCUGUGUGUAAUGCUUCACGACUUGUCAAUCAAUAAAAGCACACAAUUUCUAUUUUGAAAAGGUCUCUUUUCUUAAAAAUCAAUCUCCACACUUU